ACUUCCUUAACGAUUUUUUUAAGUAUGGAUGUGAAAUAGACAUGUUCGCGACAGUUCUUUGCACAUUAUUUAAUAAAUGUUUUGAUUCGGGUUACUUCCCAGAAACAUGGUCAGAGGGUUAUGUGGUCCCAUUGCAUAAGAAAGGUGAUGUUAAUAAUACGAAUAACUACAGGGGUAUUACUUUAUUGAGUGCACUAGGCAAAUUAUUUACAAAAGUUUUAAAUGACCGGCUAACAAUCUGGGCGGAAAAGUAUAAUGUUUACAUUGAGGCUCAGGCAGGAUUUAGACAAAACAUGGGCACAAUAGAUAAUAUUUUUGUAUUGCAUAACGUAAUACAGCAUGUAUUAUAUAAGAAAAAGAAACUAUUUGUAACAUUUAUAGAUUUUACAAAAGCAUUUGAUUACGUAGUAAGAGAUAUUCUGUGGUAUAAACUGAUAAAGCUUGGUAUUAGAGGGAAAAUAUUAAACAUUAUUCGUUCAAUGUAUAGUAUUGUUAAGUCAAUGGUAAAAUAUGACAAUGAGGUUAGCGAUAGUUUUACAUGCCUGUUAGGGGUACGUCAGGGUGAAUCAUUGUCUCCAUUUUUAUUUGCAAUGUAUUUGAAUGACAUUGAGGAAUAUUUGCUGACAAAUAAUUAUGAUGGAAUAAAUCUAGACACCUUAAAAUUAUUAAUAAUGUUAUAUGCUGACGAUAUUGUUUUGUUUUCAGAAAGUGAAACUGGCUUACAGAUAGGAUUAGAUUUGUUAAAACAAUACUGUGAUCGAUGGAAGUUAACGGUUAAUACACAAAAAACUAAAGUCAUGGUUUUUAAAAAAGGAGGAAGACUUAGACAAAAUAUGAGAUUUUUAUGUCCCCCACUAUAGUAGUGGGGGACAUAUUGUAUUUGCCCUGUCUGUUGGUCUGUUGGUUGGUCUGUUGGUUGGUUGGUUUGCGCCAACUUUAACAUUUGCAAUAACUUUUGCAAUAUUGAAGAUAGGAACUUGAUAUUUGGCAUGCAUAUGUAUCUCAUAGAGCUGCACAUUUUGAGUGGUAAAAGGUCAAGGUCAAGGUCAUCCUUCAAGGUCAAAGGUCAAAUAUAUGGGUCAAAAUCGCUCAUUUAAUGUACACUUUUGCAGUAUUUCAAUUUUCAAGAUAGCAACUUGAUAUUUGGCAUGCAUGUGUAUCUCAUGGAGCUGCACAAUUUGAGUGGUGAAAGGUCAAGGUCAAGGUCAUCCUUCAAGGUCAGAGGUCAAAUGUAUGUGGCUCAAAUCGCUAAUUUUAUGAAUACUUUUGCAAUAUUGAAGAUAGCAACUUGAUAUUUGGCAUGCAUGUGUAUCUUAUGGAGCUGCACAUUUUGAGUGGUGAAAGGUCAAGGUCAAGGUCAUCCUUCAAGGUCAAAUAUUUGGGUCAAAAUUGCUCAUGUAAUGUCACAUCUGCAAUAUUGAAGCUAGCAAUUUUAUAUUUGAAAUGCAUGUGUAUCUCAUGGAGCUGCACAUUUUGAGUGGUGAAGGGUCAAGUUCAAGGUCAUCCUACAAGGUCAAACACCAUAUAGGGGGACAUUGUGUUUCACAAACACAUCUUGUUAUAUAAUAACAAUGUAUAAGAAAUUGUUGAUAACUUUACAUAUUUGGGUUUUGUCUUUUCCUCAGGGGGCUCUUUUUCUAAAACGUUUGAUAGUCUGUGUGGACAAUCUUUGAAAGCUAUUUUUAAGUUAAGACAAUAUAUGUCGAAAUUUUAUAACAUUACAAUACAACACAGAUUAGAAAUAUUUGAUAAAUUAAUUUAUCCGGUUUUAAGUUAUGGGUCCGAAAUAUGGGGUUUACAGAGCAAUAUAAAGAUAGAACGAAUACAUUUAAAUUAUUGCAAAUUAUUAUUAAGAGUACGAAGGCAAACACAGAAUAACUUUAUAUAUGGAGAAUUGGGAAGAACGUCUUUAUCCGUCAGACAUAGCAUUAAUGUAAUUAGAUAUUGGUUAAAGAUAGUAAACACACAUGAUAUUAAAUAUGUAAAACUUGUUUAUGAUAGUAUGUUCCGAGAAUUAGAAACGUACCCUAAUAACAGAUCUUGGGCCUACAUGGUAAAAAGUCUAUUAGAUAAUUGUGGUUUUAACGAUGUGUGGCUGAACCAAGGGGUAGGGGAUGUAGAAAUAUUUUUGAAAAUUUUUAGAGUAAGAGUUACAGAUAUGUUUAUACAAAAUUGGAAAACCGAAUUGAGUGAAUCAACUAGAGCAAAAACAUACAUAUUAAUAUCCGAUUUUAAAUUUAAAUCCUAUUUAAGUGAUGUAAAUAUCCCAAAGUACAGAAUGGCACUCUCUAGAUUAAGAGUCUCUGCACAUAAGCUUAAAGUUGAAACGGGUAGAUGGCAAAAACCAAUAGCUAUUCCUUAUGAAGAAAGAAAAUGUACUUUAUGCAAUGUCUUAGAAGACGAAUACCACUUUGUUAUGGAGUGUACAUUAUAUACUGAUGUAAGAAAAGCUUAUUUAAAACCAUGUUAUUACGUAAGACCAAAUAUGUUAAAGUUUAUAGAUUUAUUGACCUCUCAAAAUAGCAAUAUAGUUAAAAAUUUAGCUAUGUUUAUUUUUAAAGCAUGGGAAAUAAGAAAUACUUAUAAUACGUAUUAUGAUUAGGGUAGGACUUUUGUAUAUACUUAUGCACAGCCUCUUGCUGUAUUUUGUCUUAUAAAAUAUCCAAUACUUUGCU